AUGCACAUGUGGGGAGCACUUCUUGCUUCCAAUGUGAUGCUGCAACGCCAAUGUUUCCAAUGUUUCUAUGUGAUGCUCCAAUGUUCUUGUACUGCUGUUUCGGCGCGGCACGCCAACGUGUCUCUCUCACGCGGCGGCCAGAACCGCGACAACGGUGAGACUCGCCUGCCCAGCACGGGACGGCAGCCCGCAGACGCGCUCGUCGACUCGGCGGCAGCUGCUCCACGGUGCGCGGAGGCAUCGGCUCCGCCGAUUGAGGCGACAACCCAGCAAGUUGGGGGAGGAGCGGAGGACGACGAGGAGGAAGAAAGAGGAGGACGACGACGAGGAAGAGGGGCACGGGAUGAGCUCUCGCAGGUGCGUAGUUACGCACCAGAAAGCGCACGGCACUCCGAAGGCGGUGGCUCGCAAGAACAAGCACUUCGGUACAUCGUUACACUGGUGACCUCAUCCAAGCCGUCAGCACGCCAGUCCUCUUGCAUGACAGAUGCUGCGAUGCUGCAGACACGCGCUGGCUUAAGUUCUUGUUCUAGGAGCAGGGUAACAUUUUCGUGCCGCUGUAACAACUCUGCCAUAUCAUCAUCCGGGGACGCGAGAGAUCUAGGGUCAUGCAGUUCCCAUCCGAGCGCCGUGCUGUAGUGCAACUCGCGCAAGCGGCGCACCGCCGUCGAUCUCUCAGCAAUCUCAGUGACCAACUCCUUACGGACAUCACCCACGCUGCGAUUGCACCACAUAUGUUUCUGCGUCUUCCUGCGCUUCAGGGUUGACUCUGUCUUUGUCAGGCUUUCUUGGGCUUCGUCGUCAAGAGCAGGGCGGACGUCGUCCAUAAGCUCAAUCCACUGUGUGAUCUUCGGGCACAUGUGGACGUUCACACCAGUGAAAAUGGCAUCGUUGAUAAGCCAGAUGAAGAACGUCACAAUUCCUGUCCACUGCGCGAACUUGUCCACCAACUUCGUUCCCUUCAUGAGGAUGUUCACUGCCUCCACCGUGCCGAAGGCGCCGUACACGUUGUUGAAGGCAAACCACCAGAGCGCCAUGCCCUUAUCGAGGGCCCCCUGGGCAGAUAUCUUCAUCAAUUGUGCCAGCUGCAGUGGGACCCACAAGAGGACAGACCACGGGUCUGUCCCAGCGACAGCUGCGGAGUGCACCCGGGACAGCUGCGCCAGAGAGUCGCCCUGUGCCAGGCCCGCCGAUGCUGGCCUGCCCGGUGCUGCUGCGCAAUACGGCGCCUGACACGUUGCGUUCGCCAAUAUGUCCCCCUCCAGGCUGAACUUCCGACCCGCCACCUGGGCGCCGCCGCAGAAGACCACGUGGUCUGGGCGCUGGCACUUGCACCCCGCACUGCGGAACCACCUGGACCACCUGCCGACGGCUCCCGCCACAACACCACACCUGAGAAACCUCGCCCGGACGGCGAGCGCGCGCGCCUCCGGCGCGCAGUACGGCGUGUGGCAGCCAGCGGUCUUGACGACGUUGCGCACGAGGAACUUGCGCAUAGCGACCUGCACGUCCCC